CCUAUAUCUUGAGAGAGAGAGAGAGAGCGAGCGAGCGAGGGAGAUGAGAGGAUCAGGGGGUGGGAUGAUGAUGGCAGGGUUGGUGAUGGUGGAGACGAUGGAGGUGGGGCUGCAGACACUCAGUAAAGCUGCCUUGAAGAAAGGAUUCAACCUCUACUCCUUUGUUUUCUACACUUACGCCAUUAGCACCCUCUUCCUCCUUCCUCUCCUCUUCACUUUCCACAGAGUGACAUCGCCUCCUCCGAAGCUCACCUUCCCUGUGAUAUGCAAAGCCUUUGUUCUUGGCCUCAUCUGUUGCUGUUUGCAGUUCUUCUCGUUAAGUGGGAUUGGGUUUGCCAAUCCAACUCUGGCAUCCGCCAUGAACAACCUCGUCCCCGCCUACACCUUCCUUCUUGCUAUUUUGAUCAGGAUGGAGAAACUAAAUUUGAAUAUGAGAAGCAGCCAGGCCAAGUCCAUUGGCACCAUAGUGUCCAUCACGGGAGCCCUUGUUGUGGCACUUUACAGAGGCCCUUCAAUCAACUUCUUCAAAUCUUCUUCAUCUUCAGCACCCAGCAGCAGCAGUAGCAGCAGAUCUACCAAAUUGUUAGAUACUCUUCUUUCACCUCCAUCACGCUGGAGCAUUGGAGGCGUUGUCCUUGCAGUUGCUAGCUUUCUCAAAGCACUACUGUACGUUUGUCAGGCUUGGUGUGUGAAGGAAUACCCGGCGGAGCUGAUGUUAACGCUCAUCUCUAGCAUUUUCGCCGCCAUCAUAUCUGGGAUACUGUUUCUAGUUGCAGAAAACGGCCCAAAUGCCUGGAAAGUGAGCUCUAAAACGGAGCUAAUCGCCGUGACCUGCUUUGGUAUCUACGGAAUAGCAGUUAGGGGAUGUGUUCACAUGUGGGCUAUGCGUUGGAAUGGUCCGAUCUUUGUUGCAAUGUUUAAGCCGCUCGGAAUAGUCAUUGCAAUGGUUGCCGGCGUCUUGUUCCUUGGGGACAAACUUCAUCUUGGAAGUAUAAUUGGAGGAGCCACAAUAGCUGUUGGCUUCUAUACUGUCAUGUGGGGCAAAACCAGAGAAGAGAAGGUUGAAGAAGACAACAACAAUAUGAGUGGUUUAGGUGUUGACUCAUUCUCUCCGAAGGCGCCGCUUUUGCAGAAAGAAGAAGCUUGAACUAAAAACAAGAAAUAUUAAAAUGGAGCCCCACGUCCUAGCACGGAUAGUUCUGUAUAGCAAAUUAGGAUGUAGAUAUGAGUCAUGAUAGUUACAACGUGAGAGUUUUAUUUUUUUGUGGAGGUGAUUUUUUAUGGGCACUAUAUAUUAUGUCUCCUACCUGAUGUGCUGUCAUGUACCAUGAUUAACCUAUCUCACGUACGUGAGACAAUGUGUGGGAGGCCCUUAAGAUGAGAAAUUUUACCUUUUACACCCAAGAAAUAUUAAAAUGAAGUAUUCGUUCAUGCUUUGCCAUAAUUAUUAUAAGAGAAUGCUACUUGUACAAUU